GGCAGACCGGCGUCCCGGCCGGGCUGCGGCGGAGCGCGCGGGGCCAGCUCUGCAGAAGACGGCGGCUGGUUGGUCGGGACAGUCACAUCCCGCCGCAGGGGAGCCGACUUCGGCAGCCGCACUGCCCUCUGCACCGGGGGACGCAGGCCUGGCCUGGUCUCGCCCGCUACGCCCCCUGCUCGGGACGGACCGCACGCGGCUGGUGCGAGCUCUGAGGACCCGCAGACCCGCGGCCGGCGCCCGCUCCACCCCUGCCCUUGGCCCGCAGCUCGGCCCGCGCUGUCCGCCUAGGCGGACCCGCGUCGGGAUGGGGUAGGGCAGCGCCACAGUCGGGCGAUGGGCCGCCCUCUGGGCACCGAGCAGCCCCCCGAGGCCUGACCAACCGCGAGGACCCGGGAGGAUCCCCGCCUGUAUGUCAAGCGGAUGCCUCCGGGCCCCCCAGCGAACUCGGUGGGGACCAUGGCUUCGCUGAUGCCUCUCUCCCCAUAUCUGAGCCCGACGGUCCUCCUGCUGGUCAGUUGUGACCUGGGCUUUGUGCGAGCAGACCGACCUCCCUCUCCUGUGAAUGUGACGGUCACUCACCUCAGAGCCAACUCGGCCACUGUGUCCUGGGACGUUCCAGAAGGCAACAUCGUCAUUGGCUACUCCAUUUCCCAGCAACGACAGAAUGGCCCUGGGCAGCGUGUGAUCAGAGAAGUGAACACCACCACUAGGGCCUGUGCUCUCUGGGGCCUGGCUGAAGACAGCGACUACACUGUGCAGGUCAGGAGCAUCGGCCUCCGAGGAGAGAGCCCCCCAGGGCCCCGAGUGCACUUCCGCACUCUCAAGGGUUCUGACCGGCUGCCCUCCAACAGCUCCAGCCCAGGUGACAUUACAGUGGAGGGUCUGGAUGGAGAACGGCCACUGCAGACAGGGGAAGUGGUUAUCAUUGUGGUGGUGUUGCUCAUGUGGGCUGCUGUAAUUGGGCUAUUCUGCCGUCAGUAUGACAUCAUCAAGGACAAUGACUCCAACAACAACCCCAAGGAGAAGGGGAAGGGGCCGGAACAGAGUCCUCAGGGAAGGCCAGUGGGAACAAGACAGAAAAAGUCGCCAUCCAUCAACACCAUUGACGUUUGAGUGAACAUUUCAAUGAAGAAACAGAACCAGAAGAGAGAUGUACUAAUAAUCUGGGGGUGGGUGGGGUGGGGUCAGGGAAAGCCUAAGAUGCUGAUCUGCUCAAGACUCCCAGAAGGCAAUGCACUCCCACAAUCUCAGGCUGGUACCCAUCCUCUUUCCACUGUGAGCAGGGCCAGAAGGUAGGUCUGUUAGAGUCUGCACCCCUGGACCUGGGAGUGGAUAUCAAAUGAAACAUCUCCUUCCAUUCCCCAGGUCCAGGGGAGAGUCACUUAUUCAACCCUAUACCAUUAGGUCCCAAAUAGGGGCCCCAUUUCACCUGCAUCAGGAUACUUGGCACCCCUAGCUGCCCCCACAGCUUGCCUCUGGGCCUCAGAGAGGGGUGUUUGUGUCAGCACUUGCCUUCCAACAAGAAGAAUCAUCUGGGCCUAGAGGCAGAUGCCGCACUGCACUACUCCAAUGUCUUCCACGGAGCCUCAGGUGCUCCCCCCUCACCUGACAGCUCUUUCAGCUGCUGGUGAUCUCACCCCUUGGACAUUUUUCCAAUAAAGGUUCUUGGACAAACUGGAA